AACAUAGUCGGAAUUAAAAUACUUCAAUAUUCUAUAUUAAGUACAUCAGUAACAUUAUCGCUCAGUCAGCUCUCACUUUCAUUAUCUCUCAAAACGUACAUGUAUGGGCGUUGUCGGUUAUAGUAGGCCUACCAGUACUUGAGUCGAGUGGGCGUGGUCGGUAGUAUUUUAUCCGAGGCCGAUCGAGCCCUCUGUCAGACAAAAGCAUGGCGGGUAAUUUGCCUCCGCACGGUGACAUUCUCCGUUUGAGCGAAAUCCAUGAGCGGGGGCCGCUUCUCAUGGCUGGAAAAUCUGUCAGAGUUAUGGGAAAGCUCACUCGGUACGAUGCCAUUGAGCAACUAGCCCUCAUAACAUCCUCCGAGCGCAACUCCACCCAUCACCUGCAAGUCAACACCCGUCUCGUAGAGCCAUUCCAGUCCAGGAUCGGCUCCACGUUUCAGUUCAUUGGCGAGAUGCCUUCGGAGAUGGAGAGGGAUGCUGACAUGGUCGUCCAUGCCAGGGUCGUCCGGUGUGUAGAUGGAAUCGACUCAACCAUGUACUACAACGCUUGUGACGUCCAGAGGAAAUUCUUGGCAUCAAGAGGACCAGCAGCGGCGGCAUCAAGAGGACCAGCAGCGGCAGCAUCUGCAUCUUUAACUACUUGAAAGCAAAUUAUGUGAGGUUUGUUCGUAUGUCGAUACCAUCCAAUCAUGGUCAGAAUGAAAGAAUUCAGCUCCACAAUCUUUGCUGUGAAUCUGUAUGGCCUCCAGACACCAGAGGGGCGUUUCACAAAACAAUUUGUCAUCAUGACAAAUGACAAUUUGUGUUAUAAGCUACUGAAAUCCUUGCUUCUGAUUGGUUAUCAACAGAUUUGUCACUGAUUUUUGUCAUUUGUCAUUGAAAAAAGGCUUUGUGAAACAGGUCCCAGUUCUCAAACUUACAGAGCUAUAGAUCUGUAUGUUUGGGAUAUGCCAGUGACAACGAUGGUCGACCUCUCAACUGCAGAGGUGAAUUAACUUGGCCAGGAUAAUCAGCAGAAAUUCUGCAAAAAAAUUCUUGUUAGAAUGUGAAAUGAUCCAUCUUGUUUGUUCAAUUCAAUGCCAUCAAUAACAAUCAAUUGGAUCUGUAUUAUCUUGAUAAUAUAGCCUAUUCCGGCUGUUUUUUUUAUAUUGUUUUAACCAUGCGGUCUGGCUUCUGUGCAUCGCCAAUGCAGAUUUUUACAAACUUUUGAUUUAAGUUCCCCAUAAUGGGCAGCUUAGGCAAUUUGUAGGAUGUUUGGUAAAUGGUAUGCGGUUAAUUGUAACUUGAUACUACUAGGAGCAUCCAGUCCACUGCUGAACGAUGGUUGACCCAUUCUUGCCACAGCUCUUUCUUUUUUUGAUGAACGAGGACCACUCUUUGAUGGAGAUGUGUCGUUUCAAAGAGGAGAAGUAAAGAUCCCUUUUCAGUGAGUUUCCUUUUUCUGCCUUCAGCCGUGGCUUGCCCAGGUUCCCCAGACUUGGACAUCUUUCAAUUCGAAAACUAUUUUUUUUUCUUAGUCACCUUUCAAUUCUGUGGCAGUGAUGAUAAUGAGAAUUAUUUUCACUGUAACUGUCUUCUUUUAUCAGUGACAACCUCAACAAGAGUCACACAUGUGUUGGUGAUUGCUACCCUUUGUAUGAUGAUAAAGCAGUAUUUUAUUGGCAAGGUUGAGUCAAGAUAUUGGUGAAAAUACAUCUCUCAGCUGCUGGCAUGUGUACAAAGCUGAAUCUUAUAUUUUUUAUUUUUUGUUGUUGAUUGGUUGCUUUUAUUCAUGUUCCAUGCAAAAAUAAAAAGUAUUACCGCUAUACAUUUUACAAAACAUUAACAUUUCUUUACAUGGAAAUAAUUAGGCCUAGAAAUGGUAGUUCAUAACAUGAAAGAAGGUUGUGUAAAUCAUUAAAUGUGAAAAUGAAAAGUAAACCUACUUAAAAGCUAGACUUUAUUAAUCCAUUGCACAUGAUAUGAUUGUGGUGGAACACACAUUUGUUAUAGCCUGGAUCCCAAGCUUGAUUGAGCUUAGUAUUUAAUGGUUUGACAUUAGUCUGCAUGCACAGACACUUUACCACAAAUCCCAAAGCCUUGAGUAGAGCCUAGCUCUGUCAGGCCCUGCUUCUCUCGCUGUGCGUGUCCAUAGCAUCUAAAGUACAGAACCCAUGCAGUAUGCUAACGGCAUAGUCUUGCAGUGCAGACACAGUUAUGAACAGUGAUUAACAACAGUUUGUGUCUGCAAACUAGCAUACCUUGCUAGACUAUUUACAUAAAUGGUAAAACUCAUAAAAGCAACAAAGAGAUCUCUCAAUAUUUGUUUUACAUUUGUUUGUGGCUACAAGACAACAGAAUAUUGAAUGAUGUCAAUGUAAAGAGAUUACAUUUUACAGUUACUUUUACACAAAAUUAUGGAGUUCAGCGUUUGUCUCUAAAGCAUACAUGAGUGAAGCGCCUAUAAGCUAUAACCGGUGAUAUCAGUUUUUCUAUCUUCUAAACUUUGCUGCAUAUACUUUUCACAACAACUCAUAUGCUGCCUUAUUAAAGAUUAUAUUUUAAGAUGAAUCCUAUUUUUGUAAGUGUGAUCAAACAAUGAGAAAUAAAGCCAAAGCUGUAUAUUCAGGAA